UGCUGUGCGCGGAGGGUCCGGAGAGCGUGUGCGCCCAGAGGACAGCACAAUAGCCGGGAGGAGGAGACAGGGAAAGGGGCAGGGGGAAAGGAGGAGAGAGAAAGAGAAAGCACAACACGGGGGCUGGCGAGGGGAGGACGGAGCCGAGGAUUCCUGAACGUGGCUGCACUGAGGACCGUGCCCAGGACGGCAGCAGCAGGAGGUGGGUGGGGGGCGAUAUUUACCUUCCCUCCCCCGCGCCGAGCCUGUUCCUUUGUCCAUCCACUUUGAAGUGCUCUGGGAUUGCCGGCUUGGUAGCAUUGUUGUUCGCUAGCAGAAGAGCAGUCACGCUGGGGAGAGAGUAACGAGUGUACGGGGGGCUGGGGCCGGCAAAAGCUGAAGGAGACGGGGAGAAGAGACUGCUCCGAGGAUUAACGUUUGCCUCCCAGUUUACCAGUAUGGACUGUGAAAGAGAAGCAUUGAGUUGACCCUGCCGGAGCUGUUUCUGCCUUCUACAUGUGAGAUCUGGUUGGUUUAUUCUCUCCACCUAUCUCUCUUCAGCCUCCUUCCCUUAUUCUCCACUUACUCCUGUAUGCAAAAUGGUGGACCCUGUGGGGUUUGUGGAGGCUUGGAAAGCACAGUUUGCAGACUCUGAGCCUCCUAAAAUGGAGCUGAAAUCUGUAGGAGACAUUGAACAAGAGCUGGAGAUGUGCAAAGCAUCUAUUCGGAGACUGGAGAUGGAGGUCAACAAGGAGAGGUUCCGCAUGAUAUACCUGCAGACUCUUCUGGCUAAGGAGAAAAAAAGCUAUGAUAGACAGAGAUGGGGUUUUAAACGUGUUUCUCAGUUGCCUGAAGGGGGUGCAGAGCAGCAGAUCCAAGACCUGCAUCAUCACCAGUCUGCUGACCAAGACGAAUAUGAAAAAAGCAAGUCACACCACGGAGAGGAAAAGUUGAAGCCCAGGAUACCCUCUCUGCGGAAGCUGUCGACCCAGAGUGAUGGGUCAGACCUGUCGCCUUUGGAUAGCCCCCAUCACGGAGAGGGAGAGCAGGACAGGUGUAAGUACUAUGGUGAAGAGAAACUCAAGAGAGUUGUAGAAGAUAUGGACAAUCGUUGUGAUACAGAUAGCUCUCCUUCAAAACACAGAGUGGCUUCCACUCGUAGGCUAGUGGGAUCUGGUGAGAAAGAGGGAUCAUUUGAACCUGUUUCUAAGGAGAGAGGGAACAGCACCAGUGUGGCAGCCCUAAGGUCCAAUUUUGAGAGGAUUAAAAAGGUUAAUUCACAUUCUUCAGGAGAUAACAAGGAUGUUGUUGAGAAGCCCUUUUACGUGAACAUGGAGUAUCAUCAUGAGAAGGGUCUAGUAAAGGUCAACGAUAAAGAUGUUUCCGAUAAAAUAAGCUCCCUUGGUAGCCAAGCGAUGCAAAUGGAACGCAAAAAGUCUUUACACUCUCUCCCUUCUAACAUAGUACCCAGCUUCAGUGAAUUCCAGAGGCCUGCUUACAGGGGAAGGUCCUCGGAGAGCAGCUUUGGCUAUGAUGGAGAAUAUGAGGAUGCUGAACUGAACCCCAGGUUUCUCAAAGAUAACCUCAUUAAUGCCAAUGGCAGCAACCGCUCACCUUGGCAACCCAUGGACUUUCAACCCUAUCAAAGUAUCUAUGUUGGUGGAAUGAUGGGAGAAGAAGGGAAAGGACCUAUUCUGCGAAAUCAGGGCUCAACUGACCAGGAAAAACAUCUCACUUGGCCCAGGAGAUCUUAUUCCCCUAGGAGUUUUGAAGAUAUUGGAGGAGGAUAUACUCCUGAUUGUAGCUCUAAUGAGAACCUUACCUCCAGUGAGGAAGACUUCUCGUCAGGGCAGUCCAGCCACGUCUCCCCCAGCCCCACCACUUACCGCAUGUAUCGGGAUAAAAGCCGUUCUCCCUCCCAGAACUCUCAGCAGUCCUUUGACAGUAGCAGUCCACCAACCCCCCAGUCUCAAAAACGGCACAGGCAACAGCAGGUCAUUGUGUCUGAGGCUACUAUUGUGGGAGUACGAAAAACAGGACAGAUCUGGCCAAGUGAUGGAGAUUUGCCUUCUGGGAGAUGUCACCAGGACAGCUGCUUCCAUGGGGAUACAGAUGCUUCAUUCAGUGGCACACCACCCAGCUAUGCCUAUGAUGCAGACCGUGCUGAAGAACAGAGGAGGCAUCAUGAUAUGAUGCCCUAUAUUGAUGACUCGCCAUCGUCUUCACCCCAUCUCAGUUCCAAGAGUCGGGGCAGCCGGGACACCCUGUCUUCUGGGUCUCUGGAGUCUACAAAAUCAAGUGAGCCAGACCUAGAGAAAGGCCUGGAGAUGAGAAAAUGGGUCCUAUCAGGAAUCCUAGCCAGUGAGGAGACCUACCUGAGCCACUUGGAGGCUCUACUGCUGCCUAUGAAGCCUUUAAAAGCAGCUGCCACCACCUCUCAGCCUGUGCUGACUAGUCAGCAGAUUGAGACAAUAUUCUUCAAAGUGCCUGAGCUCUAUGAGAUCCACAAAGAGUUCUAUGAUGGACUCUUUCCCCGAGUGCAGCAGUGGAGUCACCAGCAACGUGUGGGGGACCUCUUCCAAAAGCUGGCCAGCCAGCUGGGAGUGUACCGGGCCUUUGUGGAUAACUAUGAAGUUGCUAUGGAGACAGCAGAGAAAUGCUGCCAAGCCAAUGCUCAGUUUGCUGAAAUAUCUGAGAAUCUAAAGGCUAGAAGCACAAAGGAAUCUAAAGACCAGACAACGAAAAAUUCUUUGGAAACUUUAUUAUACAAGCCAGUGGAUCGAGUGACUCGCAGCACACUUGUUCUACAUGAUUUGCUCAAGCACACUCCAGUGAGCCACCCUGAUCAUCCACUCCUGCAGGAUGCUCUGCGGAUCUCGCAGAACUUCCUCUCCAGCAUCAAUGAGGAGAUCACUCCUCGUCGACAGUCCAUGACUGUAAAGAAGGGGGAGCACCGGCAGCUCCUGAAGGACAGUUUCAUGGUGGAGCUGGUUGAGGGAGCCCGCAAACUACGUCAUGUCUUUCUUUUUACUGAUCUGUUCCUGUGUGCCAAGCUCAAGAAGCAGAUUGGAGGAAAAAGCCAGCAGUAUGACUGCAAGUGGUACAUCCCGCUCACUGACCUUAGCUUCCAAAUGGUGGAUGAGUCUGAGGCAGUGCCUAAUAUCCCACUGGUACCUGAUGAAGAACUGGAUGCCAUGAAGAUCAAGAUAUCCCAGAUCAAGAAUGACAUCCAGCGUGAAAAGAGGGCCAAUAAGGGCAGCAAGGUCAUUGAGAGGUUGAAAAAGAAGCUCUCAGAGCAGGAAUCCCUCCUACUGCUGAUGUCCCCCAACAUGGCUUUCAGGGUACACAAUCGCAAUGGCAAGAGUUACACGUUUCUCAUAUCAUCAGACUAUGAAAGGGCAGAGUGGAGGGAGAACAUCCGGGAGCAGCAGAAGAAAUGCUUUAAAAGCUUCUCACUCACAUCGGUGGAGCUCCAGAUGCUGACAAACUCCUGUGUGAAGCUUCAGACGGUGCACAACAUUCCCCUCACUAUUAAUAAGGAAGAUGAUGAAUCUCCAGGUCUCUAUGGAUUCCUGAAUGUCAUUGUCCACUCUGCCACAGGAUUCAAGCAAAGUUCAAAUUUGUACUGCACAUUAGAGGUGGAUUCUUUUGGGUAUUUUGUGAACAAGGCUAAAACUAGAGUGUACAGAGACACCACAGAGCCCAAUUGGAAUGAGGAGUUUGAGAUUGAGCUGGAAGGCUCACAAACCCUGCGGAUUCUGUGCUAUGAAAAGUGCUAUAACAAAACCAAGCUCACCAAAGAGGAUGGAGAGAGCACAGAUCGCAUAAUGGGGAAAGGACAGAUCCAGCUGGACCCACAGGCAUUGCAGGACAAAGAUUGGCAACGCACAGUCAUCUCAAUGAAUGGAGUUGAAGUGAAGUUGUCAGUGAAGUUCUCCAGUCGGGAGUUCAGCCUGAAGAGAAUGCCAUCCCGGAAACAAACCGGGGUGUUUGGGGUCAAGAUUGCUAUUGUCACCAAGAGGGAGAGAUCGAAGGUGCCGUACAUAGUGCGCCAGUGCGUGGAGGAGAUCGAGCGUCGUGGGAUGGAGGAGGUGGGCAUCUACCGUGUCUCUGGGGUUGCAACAGAUAUCCAGGCUUUGAAAGCUGCCUUUGAUGUCAAUAACAAAGACGUGUCAGUGAUGAUGAGCGAGAUGGACGUCAAUGCCAUUGCAGGCACCUUGAAGCUGUACUUCAGGGAGCUGCCCGAGCCCCUCUUCACGGAUGAGCUGUACCCCAACUUUGCUGAGGGCAUUGCACUUUCAGAUCCUGUUGCAAAGGAGAGCUGCAUGUUGAAUCUAUUGUUAUCGCUUCCAGAACCCAACCUUGUGACAUUCCUUUUCCUUUUGGACCAUCUGAAAAGGGUUGCUGAGAGGGAAAGCAUUAACAAGAUGUCCCUGCAUAAUCUUGCAACUGUCUUUGGACCAACACUGCUCAGGCCUUCAGAGAAGGACAGUAAAAUCCCUGCCAACCCGACCCAGCCUAUCACAAUGACUGACAGCUGGUCACUAGAAGUCAUGUCCCAGGUUCAAGUUCUUCUGUACUUCCUACAGCUAGACACUAUCCCUACCCCAGACAGCAAGAGACAAAGCAUUCUCUUUUCCACAGAGGUGUAGGUGUCUGCCAUACCAACAGGACUCACAGAACUGCUCUUGGCACAAACCUGCCACGCCUGAGAAAAAGAAGACUGGUGUUUCUUCAGACAUUACUGGCCUGUUCCUGUCCUGGGGAACUGUGGCUCUCAGUGCUUCUGCUGUUGGUUAACCAGAGACAAACUGAAGGGAAAGGAGAAAAAUCCCUGCAUUUGGUUGGUAGGACCAGGACUGAACUGGGAUGGAGCUGUGCAGAAUCUCCACUAGAAGGAGCAAUAGACACUCAAACAAAUGCACAGCAGAUUGUGGCUAUUAUUCUUGUUGGGAAUGUGACAGAAGGUAUUCCUCAUUUUAUGGAUUUAAUUUAUCAUAAAGAAACUUCAAGAUUUCUACUGGACCACUUGAUAGGAUACCCCUUUUUGGGUGAGGGGGAGUUAAAGGAUAUAUCACAACUGUGUCUUUAAUAACUGCUGUUUUUAAAGUACUGUUCUAGGCCACGAUAAUAGCAUUGCUUUGCCAGAGGAGAGAAGGGACGGGUCUGGGAUCACAGAUUCCCUCCUCAGAAAUUCCAGGCUUGAUUUGAACAGGGUUCUAAUGAAAUGAAGCAGUUUUGCGUAUGACUAGAACUGUUGGUUUGUUUUGGGGGUUGUAUCUGGUUUCUUUAGUUUGUGUUUUGUUUUGGCUCUUUUUUUGUCUCACCCACCCCCUUCCCUUGCAGAUGUUUAGGCAAACUAGGGAAGGAGUUGGUGCCCUGCUUUUGCCUACAUUGCACUUGGGAUGGGUUAUUUUGGGCUAAGGGAGCCAGACCCAGAGAUGCUACAUGAUAAAUAAAUAACAGUGAAUUAAAGAGAGGCAGGGAGGAUUAGUCAGUGAUUUUGCUUGUGAUUCUGUUGGCUGUUUGCAUAUAAAAAGCAGGGGCAAUAGUAUCCAGGCAGAAUUGCUAAAUUCCUUAGACCCCACCAAACUUAAUUAAAAUUAACUGGGAAGACUGUUAAUUCCCAACACUCCAAAGAAAAUAUGUUAUCACUGCAAAAAUGAUUGAAGCAUUUGGCUGUCUGCUUACUCCAAACUUUUAUCAGAACAUUGUUUUUUGGUUGUUUUUUUUUUGAUACUUGAAUUUUUGGAGGCUUUGUACAUUGCUUCUACAAGAGUCUUUCUCUGAUAGCUACAAAUACUUUGAUAAAAUGUGUCAGGAUGUACUUUAUGGACAAUCUAGUAAGUAGCAUGCAUCAUGUGAAAUUCCAACCCUGUUUUAAGUCAGAGCAGUGAAGAAAUGUUCCAUGGGACUACAUGCAGCAGGACAAAAGGUCAAGCCAAAUACCAACUUUGUGCUUCCCUGCCCAAAGCAGCUCAAACCCCGGGGGUUAUGCAGGCGUGAAGGGCAGCAGUGUUUGUCCAAGAAACUGAAGCACCAUCUAACUGCUGGUAUCCAGAGCAAAGUAUUCUGGCUAUAGAGCAGUUGUGCCAAACAUCCUGGGGGGCAUGGGAGUGAUUCCAUUGCCAUGAACUCCUCCAGCCCCCCUUGACUUCCUACCCAGUUAUGCAGCAUCCAUUUACUGGCAUCCAUCCAUCAUCAUCCUGGCAAGAAGAAAAAUACAGCUUGGAGACAAGGGAAGGAAUGGGCAUGGGAAGAGGAGAGAGGGACAGAUCUUGACAGAUUGGUAGAAGUUAGGCUGUCAGCAUCAUUUGAGGGGAAAUAGGAUAAAGAAAGCAACCCCUGUUACGCUGAAUUUCACAUUUUCUGGUGGGUGAUCUGCAACCUCUCAAUUAAAAAUAAAAUUAAAAGAGUCUUUCAAACAAAUGGAAAGAAAAAAUUAAAGGCAAAUGAUGUUGUAGUCACUGUAAUUGACUGCUGCAUAAUAUUAGAAAUUAUUGUACUGUGAAGUUGCAAAUUCAAAAAGGAACCAAUAUAAAUUUCAAUUUUGUGAGUAUAUCAAUAUUUUGCAUGCUUUGUAAGGAUUCUUAUAGGAAUUUAAUAUUGCUUAGUAUCCCUCCCUCCUUAGGUCUGGGAGCAAACUUCUUUGUAAUGUAAUGUACAACUAGAAAUUCCUUCUCUCUUAUGUGUAUUUCCACUACAUUCCAACUUCUGAACCCGUGAAACUGAAAAAGUGUUUAUAGUAGGAGGUGCUUUUUGGGGGGAGGGAGCGAAUGAAGACAAGGAAACUUGAAGGCUUAAGAUUUUGAUUUAUUUUUUGAUUUAUUUUUUUGCCUCUGUGAAGGUAAGAAAUAGUCACAAUCCUGAAAAACAAUUACUUAAGAAAAGUCAUGCAGACCAGUAAACCACCCUCCAUGGGUUUGGUUUUAUGUAUUUGUUCUUGUUUCCCCAGGGCAGUUCUCUAGCUGUUGCUGCAAGCUGCACACCCCCAUUCCAAGGGGGCUUGGAUGUUCCCAAGGCAGUGGCACUGCUGAGGAUUUCAUUUAAAAGGAAAAAAAAACACAACCCAACUGAACUAGAGCAGGUGGUUGGGCAAUAGCGUUUUCCUUUUGGUGUUUGGAAUCUGUGGCUGCUCUUUGCAGUGUUGAAACUGGAAAGCAAUAUUAUAAUGACUGUGCCAAUUUACUUUUGCCCAACUUUUUAUUUUUAUUUAUAUAGGAAGUUAAUAUUAAAUUACUGAUCUAUAGUAUGUAACCGUGAGAAAAUUGCUUUUGCUUUGGUUACUAUUACAGGUUGUUGCUUUUACUCUCUCAUUACAAUGCUCAGUUCUAAUGUAACAGUAUCUAACAUGCAGGCAUGUGGAUCAGGGAAAAAUAGUUAAUUUAACUUAACCCGUUAAUUAUUUCUGUUAAGUAUGAAUAUGUUUUCCCCAAAGCUGGUAAUUUUGGGCUGGAAAAGUUAGUGCAUCUUAUUGCUGAUGAUGAAAUUAUGGACUGAUUUGAAAUACGAGAAUUGAUUUCUUGAAUUUCCUUUAAUUCUGCAAUUAAGUUUUUUUCAAAUAGUCUUAUGUUUUCAGAAAUUAAGUAUUUCCAAACGGUUUUUAUGUUCUUUUCCCAGGGAUGUUGGUUGGGUUUUUUAGUAUUUGUUUUUUACUUUGUUAUUUUUGUAAUAAGCCUUAUCAUACUUAAAAAGAUAAUUGCAAAACUUGGCUUUAGAGAAGGCCUUCUGAUUUCUACUCUUAUAUAUCCCCUUGUGAGUUGUGUCAGAAAACCUGAAUCAUCCAUUUUCUGUAUCCAAAAGGUACCAUAUAAACAAUAUAAGAGCAAACUAGCAAAAAAACCCAAAAAGUUACCCUUUAUGUGUGCACUGGGAGUUAAUUCUCUUUCAGUUUCUAGUGUAUUGGAGAGACCUUUCAAAAAAUGUAGCUUUCAGUAACAGGAAUCUGAAAUGUUAAAACUGUCAACUAAAGAAUUUCAGGUGAUGGAGUCAGUCUGCGUGUCUCCAGUUUAAGGAGAGGAAUAAGCAUCAGUUUCCUGGCAUUUAGAAACUAUUUUCAAAUUCUCGUGGAUUUUUUUUUUUCCAUUAAAUAGGUUUUUAUGUAAUUUUUUGAAAGCUAAGUAAAGCAAACUAUGGGAAAAGUUUUCCAAGAUGGACAAGAAAUAACAGUUACUAGAUGAGUUUCAGCUUUGUGUUUGUACGUGCUUUGUGUGGGAGGGGAGCGUCCGAAACCAAAUGGAAACACAUCCCUGAAAACGCUGCUGGUGUUCUUUAUUCUUGCACAAUUUGAAGAAGUUGAGGUAGUAGCUAAGCUAUUCCAGGCUGUAUUUUAAUGCUGCUAUUGUUCAGUGUAUCAGCGAAGGGCAGAAGGGCAGCGGGGUGCUGACUGCAUGUGCUGAUGCCCAUGGCUUGUCUCCGUCCUGGCCUUCAGUUGCUCACACAAGGCAAUCCGCGUGCACCCGAUGGAGCGAAACUGCAACUUUUUUGUUGGCCACAAGGUGGUGGAACCCACAGAGUGUGUUUAUGGGAGAUGCAGUAUUUUUACAGUUUAUUCAUUUUAUUUGUUUAAAAAAUCUGUUUUACGGGUUUUUUAUGUUAGUUUUCUAUGAGUUUAUUUAAACAAAUGUUCUGUUCUUUAAAGCAUCCACGGAUCUCCAAGUCUGUUUGUCAUCCUUGUAACACUGGAAGGCAUCACAAUGUGUUCAUUUAUCUUGACAUGCCAUUCUUACGUGUAUAAAAUAUAAACUGACCAAAUGGCUUUUAAAAAUGUUUAAAGUCUGAUGGCAAAACCCCCACCCUCUCUGAUGCCUCACUGCUUAAGUAUUUUGUUUCAGUGCUUGGUCAUCUACUGGGAUAACAUUCUCAGAUGUGGCAUUCUUACUAGGGAAAUUUUAGUAAGAAAUGAAAAAUGUUUUAAGAAAAACCCCUACUCUUUCUUUUUUUACUUUAAUUCAAGAAGGUGGAGACUUGUAAUUACAGAAGACCAAUACAGUCAUGCUAGAUUGAAGAGAUUUACUUCUGUUCCUUGAAGAAGAAAAAUCUGGAAGGGCAAUUCCUAAGUACAUCCAAUCAAAUUAAUCAAGUUCUUGGUGUAGUUACUAAGCCACUUGUUCAUUCCCUCUUAAAUUUGUAGCCCAGGUAUGUUUUUCUUUGUAAACUUUGCUAGCAUUGUCAUAGUACUGCUAACAGAAAAGUCAGUCUGAUACCAGUCACUUCUUUCACCAUAGGAUACCUGCAGCUGAGAUACUGGAGCCCGAGUUCAGCAUUAGCAGUUCUCCAUUCUGAACUGGAAUGAAACAAAUGUUCCUGUAUUUGAUGACAUUCUUCCUGAAUAGAAGUAAAUCCACAGAUUGCAUUACAACCAAGAAAAGCUUUAAAGGAAGCAGUUAGAGUUAACUCCUUAACGAAGUUAUAGGGAAGAAAAGUAACACAAAUGGAAAUGAGAAGCAAAAUCAGGGAUCACUCCAGUCACAUGGUCUGGGACUAGAAAGAAGUCCUCAUUUCCCAUUACAGAAGAAGGUUUAUGCCCCAGAUAACUGUGAGCAGGGACUGUCUGGCCAGUAAAUAAACAUGAAUACAGGAACACCAGGAAUUCAGCUACUGUAGCCUCCUGGUUCUGAUGUGCUGGAACCCCUCUUUCCUGCUACAGAAAAUUCACUUUAAUGCUAAAAAAGGAAAGAUUAUCACUUGUUCUCUACCUUUUUUCCCCCUCAGUGGCAAUAGAUAGGAGCAACACAGUCCAUAAAGAGCUGCAGGGGAAAUGCCACCUCCCAGAAAGACAAAGUGAACAGAAGCAGUAAGUGAGACCCUGGUGAGAUCUAAAAGUCUGUUUCUGGACUGCAAGGAUAAAAUGCCACAACUUGCUAAAAUGAGGAAAUGGUUGAAACAGUAGGACUGAAGCAAAGCUGAGUGUGCAUGUGACCUUGAUUCUCCAUUAUCACUAGAUUUAGGCCUUCCAGGUCAAGCAAAUACAUAAAUGCUAUUGAGAAGAAUUUGAAAAUUGCUAAAUGACCUAGUUUGCCUCCACUGUUGAUUCUCUUUUUUGUUACCAUCUUAGACAGCAGAAUUGCUGGAGACCAUUGUAUAAACACACGGGUGAACCACAUGAAUGUUCCUGCAGUAAGAAAGACCCCUCCUUUUCCAACAGAAACCACAUCAUUCUGUACUGUACAAACUAUCACGGCAUGAGGUUAAAUUUGUAGCAGAGCAAUUCCUGGAGAUAACUACAAUAUUUCCAGUCUUCUGGUGCAGGUACAGCUAAAGCUCUGAGCUCCUGUAGGCCCAUUUUGUGAGUUAAGAUCCUAUUUAUGCCUUUUCAAGCAUAUUUGGGAAUGAUUCCAGAUUCCACAAGCCUAGCAGAAGUGUUUGCUCUACUGAUUUGUCUUAAUUGCAGUCAUGUUCAAAUCCUCUCAUCAAAAGUGGUUCAUCAGAAUAGAGGAAACUUUUCCCAUUUUCCACUAGAGCUUUUGUUUGUGUAACUGUUGCAGCCUUUUUCCCAGUGGGAAGAUGUCCCAAGAACCCAGGACAUUCCACAGAUGGACCACUUCUCUAAUCUGCAGCACGAUUUGUAUGACAAGGCCAUGUUACAUCCCUGUGGAUGUGUGGAAGGGCAGGCUUGUGUACAAAACAGCUUCCUGCCUGGGAGAGCACAGCAGCUUGCUGCAGAUGACCACAACAGGCAGAGCCCACUGGUGGUGAGAUGGCCUUGGUCCUUAGGUGCUCACAUCUGCCCUGGGGCAGUGUGAGUGAGGCCCAAAGGUGGUUCUGGGAAGAGACCCAGCUGGUUCCUUCUCACUGUGCCCAACUGAAUGAUCAAAAUGCUGAUCUACACAGAGUAGCUCAAAUUUCCUCCAUUUAAGUCCCAUUUGGGGAGAAAUCUGAACUACACUAACUCUGAGGUGCUACACAGUCAGCUGAAAACUAAUCCAUAUCUAACAGUUAUUUCAGAUACAGUAGGUGGUAAUGUAGAAGCUGCCAUAGCAAAAGUACAUUUCUUCACAGCAGCCUCUUCUAAUCCCUUCUUUACUGCUUCUCACAGCCUGAGAGAAAGAAAUCUUGUUUGAGGCUUCACAGUUACGUAUGAAAACUUGCAGAAGCCACUCACUGAUGGUGCUGCAUGUGGUUGAAAUCCUGAUCAAACUGACCAACACAGGGACAUGUUUCAAGAGCUGGGACACCAGUACUAACCAAGGCAGCAAAAAGAGGGUGAGAAAUUGUUAUUGGGUGACUGAGAAGCACCACAAUGAAACUGAAUUUAAAUAUGAUCUCACAACAGGACACUGUGAAAUGUUGUCCUUUGUCUGUCUGUCCAGCAGAAAAAAAAACAACCCAACAAAACUAAGCCUUCUCUUGCCUAAGUUGUGUAGUUUGUUCUUAUCUCUAGUAUUACAAGUGUUUAUAAUCCAUGAAGAAUUCCAAGGAAAGGACUUAAGACUAUUUAUUUAAAUAUAAAUACAAUUUAAUUACAUAAUUAGUGCUAAAUUAUCAGGUGUAGAAGACAACUUAUUAUUUGGAUAAUUUUGGUUUCAUCAGAGUUAAUAUUGUUGGCAUUGUUUUAACAGUACCAUGUUAGGGAGUUGGUUUCUGAUUUUAUACAGCUGUUGCUAGUGCUUCAGUAUUUCAUAGUGCUCUGGUUUUGGAAAAUAAAACCUAAUCCUAAUACUUUAAUACUGAAAAGUGUUGAACCUGUACUGCUGAACAUCUCUCAGUUUAGGCCCAAAAAGAGGGAAAAAGAAAAGGGAAAAAAGGGGAGAAAUACUGUAAUUCUGGAUUUUAUUUUUUUUUUUAAUUUUCUGAGAAAAGUGGUAUGAAAAAGGGAUCAAAAAAUUGUAUUUGGGGGGGAAAAAAAAAGGCAUUUGUAGCCUUUCUUUGUACACAAUGUUAAAUAAAAUCUCCUGUAUCUAUGUUUGUCAGGUUCUUCUGGUCUUACUUAACUAAAAACUGAGCCUUCAUUAAACUGAAUGUGUGAAUUGCAUUCAAUUGAGUUUGUUAGAGGUACAGAGUUUAACACUGGUCUGUCAAAAUAAAAGUUACUUCGUAUUUA